AAACAAACAGGCAGACAGCAAUUUUUGUCUUACUGACAGAUGUGGAAUAACCACGGGCAUCAGUUUGUUCUAUGCUAUCUAAUUUUAGGUUGUUUUCAUGAGAACAGAGAGAGAGCACACAGACGGAGCAGAGAAACGCCUACGCCUCCAAGGAAGUGUUGCAGAAGAGAAGACAUGACGUGAGUUGGAAGUGCUACUUUAACAGAAUUGAAUUGAGAUAUAAACAUGCAAACCCUUAUACCCCUGGCCUCCUCCUCUCCAUUUCUCCCCACAUCCCCUCUCAAACCAAAUCCCAAACACUUGGUGUGUAAGUGUAGCAGUAAUAGUAAUAAAUUGACACCACAUUGCAGCCUGAGAAACCAAAGCACAAAAACACCACCUCUCCGAAAAACAUGGCCCUUGAUCUCCCUCUCGCUUUUCGCAUCGGGUUUCUUUUUGGGUCCGCUGAUUGAUGGAAUUCACUCGAGGGUACAUCUUGUAGUCUAUCAAACUGGGUCCAUUGCUAUUGGUCCACUUCACUCAAACGUCUGGGUUCCUCCUUUAUUGGGAUUGUUCUACUGCGCUGUUGGGUUGCUACAACUCUUCUUGGAUGAAAAACUUCCCUCCAAUGCUACAGAGGGUAACUUUGGCAAAACUCUCAUCUCACUAAUAGCACUGGUAAUAUUCAUUGAGCUGAGUGCCGAAUUGUACAAAGCGGGAGUAGCAGACAACAUUGAAGCCUACAUAUUGUUUGCAGCGGCCGAGUUUAUUUGGGUUUUACUGGAUAAGACCUGGCUGGGAUUUGCCCUAGCUUCCAUUGUAGGCCUUGCUUGCCCUUUGGCUGAGAUUCCUUUAAUGAAGUUGUUCCACCUGUGGUACUAUCCCCAAGCAAACAUCCAACUCUUUGGACAGGGAUUAAUCACUUGGACAAUCACUUGUUAUUUUGCUUAUACGCCAUUCUUGAUUAAUUUAUCCCGUUGGCUGAAGACAUUCAUUGCUGCAAGACAUGCAGAGAACAACUCUGUUUAGUCUAGAUCAUGUCCCAAAUAUCAUUGAAUGGCUCAACUUGAAGUUUUACAAGCUGCAAGUUAGGCAAUCCUGGGGGAGACUUAUGGGUGCUCCACGAUCCGUUAUUAAAAGAGCUCAUCUUAUUAGUAGUGAGAUUGUCUUCAGCCUGUUUGAGCCUCAAGGGUAAAACCCUUAAUUGAGACCUUUCAUUGUAAAUUUGUCUACCCUGCAACCCAAUUCAAUCAAUUUCAGUUACAGGCUGUCCUUGACCCAUGUUUGGUUCACGGAUUUUGGGUGCAAAAUAGGAAUAUAUUAUAUUAUCUAACAAUAAAAUUAUUUUUUGUUUAGUUUAAUUUUAGUGAUUUGGAUUAACUUAUCUUU